GGGUGGGGUGGAGAGAUAUCUUUCAAGAAUGUUGCUUUUUUAUGAAUCCCUUUUGAUUUCAGAAAAAUUAAUUAGUGCCUUUUGUUUUGAGCAAGAUUGCGAUUUGUAAGGAAUAUGAGGUUAUCUUCUUCACCUACUUCUACUGGAUUUAAUGCUCAGACUGAAGAAGGAGAGACGAAAUGCUUGAAUUCAGAGCUAUGGCAUGCCUGUGCUGGCCCUCUGGUCUCUCUUCCUCUAAUUGGAAGUCGGGUCGUCUACUUUCCUCAAGGCCAUAGUGAGCAGGUUGCUGCCUCGACGAACAAGGAAGUGGAUUCAGCUAUCCCUAGCUAUCCGGGCUUGCAGCCACAGCUAAUAUGCCAACUUCACAAUGUUACCAUGCAUGCAGAUAUCGAAACAGAUGAAGUAUAUGCUCAGAUGACUUUGCAACCACUCACCACUCAAGAGCAAAAAGACUUAUGCUUGUUACCAGCAGAACUGGGCACCCCGAACAAACAGCCGACCAAUUAUUUCUGUAAAACUUUGACCGCUAGUGACACCAGUACCCAUGGGGGAUUCUCUGUCCCUCGGCGAGCAGCUGAGAAAGUUUUUCCUCCCCUGGAUUUUUCUCUAACGCCUCCUUGCCAAGAAUUGAUCGCGAAGGAUCUUCACGGAAAUGAAUGGAAAUUUAGGCACAUAUUUCGCGGUCAGCCUAAGCGACAUCUCCUUACCACUGGAUGGAGUGUGUUUGUGAGUGCAAAGAGGCUUGUCGCUGGAGACGCCGUUAUUUUCAUAUGGAAUGAGAAUAAUCAAUUGCUUUUGGGAAUUCGGCAUGCUCAACGUCCUCAAACUGUUAUGCCAUCAUCAGUCCUGUCCAGUGAUAGCAUGCACAUCGGUCUUCUAGCUGCAGCUGCUCAUGCAGCAGCUACAAACAGUCGUUUCACUAUCUUUUACAACCCAAGGGCAAGUCCGACUGAGUUUGUCAUAUCACUGGUGAAGUAUGCCAAAGCAGUGUAUCAUACACGUGUUUCUGUUGGGAUGCGUUUCCGGAUGCUAUUUGAAACAGAAGAAUCAAGUGUUCGUAGGUAUAUGGGCACAAUUACUGGAGUCAGUGAUAUAGAUCCCGUUCGCUGGCCAAACUCACAUUGGCGCUCAGUGAAGGUUGGAUGGGAUGAAUCAACUGCAGGGGAAAGGCAACCGCGAGUAUCAUUGUGGGAGAUCGAACCCCUCAUGACCUUUCCCAUGUAUCCGUCUCCAUUCUCCCUCAGAUUGAAGCGUCCAUGGCCGUCUGCACUGCCUUCCUUUCCAGGUGUUGGAGAUGGUGAUAUGAGCCUUAAUUCUCCACUGACAUGGCUUCGUGGUGGUGGUGGAAUCGGAGAUCGAGGGAUGCAGUCGCUCAAUUUCCAGAGAUUUGGCAUGUCCCCGUUCAUGCAGCAGCCGAGGCUCGAUAACUCCAUGCUUGGUUUACAACCUGAUAUGUACCAUUCGAUGGCGAGUAAUUCUUUCCAAGAUGCACUCUCAUUAGACCCCUCUAAAGUUUCCAAUCAGUUGCUCCUGCAGCUCCAACAAAACGUCUCUGCUUCACCGAUCCAAAAUCAAAUGCUGCAGCAGUCGAACCCUCAGCAAACCUUCGUUCAGAACUUCCCAGAGAACGUCAUGUCUCAGGCUCAAAUGUUGCAUCAGCAGUUGGAGCUCCACCAGCAGUUCAAAGACCAGCAGGAGCAGCAACUGCAACAACACGAGCAACGAGUUCAGCAGUCGCAGCAAAUGCAUCAACACUUGCAAGAUCAGCAAAACAAAACCACCAUCCAAAACGGGCCAAGAAUGGGGCAAGCCUCUCAACACCAGCUCUCGCCUCUGCAGGCAAUGGCCUCGACAAGCCAGCUGCACAACUUCUCCGACCUCAUCGGGAACCACGUCUCUUCGUCUAAUGCUUCCUCAAUGCCUCAGAGUCUUUUAACUUCGUUCUCCAACGAAGGCAUGGUGAACUGGCAUGGACCCAACAACACCUUAGUCUCUCAUUCCUCGUCGUCAAAGCGUGUAGCAUUAGACCCUCAACUCCCUCCCAAGGUCUCCCAGUUUGGAAUGCUUCAUCCGGAUGAGUUAGUGACACCUGGUCCCAAGCUCCCCGACCUCUCAGCUUUGUUGCCCCCAUUUCCUGAAAGAGAGUUCUUGGGUCUCCAAGGUGCCUCCGACUCUCAUAACAGAAGCCCUUUUGGAGUUACUACAGACUCAUCUUCGGCUAUGAUGCUGAAUGGGCUAUCAUCCUCCUUUAGUAACACCGGCAAUGAGAACGGAUCGUUUUCAAUGCCUUAUGCUACCCCUGCAUUUGUGAGUGCUGCAGGCACUGACUUUCCUCGCAACUCAGAGAUGACUUCUUCAAGUUGCGUAGACGAGUCUGGCUACUUGCAGGCCUCGGAGAAUGCAGACCAAACUAACCCACCCCCUGGAACCUUUGUGAAGGUUCAUAAAACAGGGUCUUUUGGACGGUCGCUCGAUAUUUCCAAGUUCAGCAGCUACAAUGAGCUCCGCAGUGAGCUUGCUCAGUUAUUCGGGCUGGAAGGCUUAUUGGAUGACCGUCAGAGAUCAGGCUGGCAGCUUGUAUUUGUUGACCGAGAGAACGACAUUCUUCUCCUCGGCGAUGACCCUUGGCAGGAGUUUGUAAAUAGUGUGUCGUGCAUCAAGAUUCUAUCUCCUAACGAAGUACAGCACAUGGGGAAAGAGGGGCUUGACCUUCCUAAUCCGCCCCAAUCGCAAGUGGUUCCCAACAAUGGCAGCAGCUGUGAUGACCGUACAAGCCACAAGGAAUCGAGAGGUAGCUUCAACAGGAUACCCUCUGUGGGCUUGUUCGACUACUGAUGAUGGCGCGUGGCUCAAGUAGACCUCGGAUUAUGUGUAAGACGUUAAGUUUCGUAUGACCAUUGUUUGCAAGAUGUAUUUUGUCACUUUUUCACUCUGUCGAGGCCUGCAAUAUAUGUAAUAUUCUGUUGUAUGUAGCUUGGUCUGAUGUAUUUGACACCUCUCUGAAUUUAUUGUGAUGAUAUAGUAUAUAUUUAUCCCAUAAA